AUGCCAAGACUACCGAGCAAUUUUGAGGCCAUGGCUGAUCCCGAGGAUCUUAUCGCAAGGGAGAUGGUUCGGCUUACAUGUCUCACGCUUAUGUCGAACUUGAAAGAACAUUUCGCAUUCCCUCCGAGUGAGCAAGUUUCACUACAUGCUAGGCUUGCUGAGUUCGUGUCUCAUAAUGUAAAGACGCUUGGGAAGAAGUACUUUGAGCUAAAGAUUUGGGCUCUCGUCACCAUUGCUUUAUUGCUAUACCGCGAUGGAGGAGAAUUAUACAUACAGGAGAUGAAAAGAGAAAUGACUGCAAUGGACAAACCGGCACCCUACGAACUUACUGAGAUUGCAAGAGAUAUUGUCUGGAUCGACAUCUUGAUGUCACCAUUUUCAGAGGAUCUCGCGGCAGAUAUGACUUUGGACGUCGGCCUUCAAAGAACCUCUUGA